UGAUGGUAAAAAAAUUAUAGAAUGUGAAUUUUUGGAAUGUAAAGUAAAUAAAUCAGUUCAAAUUUGUACUGAAGCCAAAGUUUGUGAAUUUGUUUCAAAUAAAUUAAAAGAAAUUCAACAUAUUGAAGUAAAUAAAAGUAUUGAUUUUUAUAAAUUAAAUUAA